GAAAGACUCGGGUAGCAACGGUUGCGUCUACUUUCAUUGUGUCGGUUUCAGAGCCCGAGUCCUGGCCGUCCUCGGACCCCACUCACGCUCCACUCCACUCUUGGGUUUCGGACGGAGCUGGAGUCGUGCUAACCAUGGCGGCAGGCCCGGGGACGACCACUGAUACGGGCCCUGCAGCUGGAACUGGAGAGAAGGAAGAUGAACAUAUCAAACCUUUUACGCCAGAGAAAGCCAAAGAAAUUAUCAUGUCUUUGCAGCAACCUGCAGUCUUCUGUAAUAUGGUUUUUGACUGGCCCGCACAGCACUGGACUGCUGAACACCUCUCCAAGGUCCUUCAUGGCAAGCAAAUACGAUUUAGGAUGGGAAUGAAAAGCACAGAUACAGUUCCUCAGUUUGAAACUACAUGUAGUUAUGUAGAAGCUACACUUGAAGAGUUUCUGACCUGGAACUGGGACCACUCUAGUAUUUCUGGACCAUUUACAGAUUAUGAUUAUUCCAAAUUCUGGGCUUAUGCUGACUAUAAAUAUGUUGCCAGUCUAUUUGAAGACAACACAGAUAUUUUCCAGGAUGUGAUAUGGUCCGACUUCGGGUUUCAUGGAAGAAAUGGACAGGAAAGUACAUUGUGGAUCGGCUCCCUGGGGGCUCACACACCCUGUCAUCUGGACUCCUAUGGUUGCAACUUAGUAUUCCAGGUACAAGGAAGGAAAAGAUGGCAUCUCUUUCCUCCUGAAGAUACUCCUUUCCUUUAUCCAACUAGAAUCCCUUAUGAAGAAUCUAGCGUGUUUAGUAAAGUCAAUGUUGUCAAUCCUGAUUUUAAACGUUUUCCUCAGUUCCAGAAAGCUCGAAGACAUGUGGUUACGCUGAGCCCAGGACAGGUUCUGUUUGUUCCCAGACACUGGUGGCAUUACGUAGAGUCCAUUGAUCCUGUCACUGUCAGUAUAAACUCAUGGAUUGAGCUGGAAGAGGACCACCAGGCUCGGGUAGAGGAGGCCAUCACCCGCACGCUUGUGUGUGCCCUGAAGACUGCGGAGGACCCACACAGCACCAGAGCUUGGCUGAACCCAACAGAGGUUGAGGAAACAUCCCAUGAAGUCAAUUGUCGCUACUUAAAUAGAGCUGUUUCAGCCUUUUUUGAUCAUUACAGAACAUCUAAGCCAGUAGAAAUCCAAGCACUCAGAACAAACGGAGAGUACGUGAAGAAAGAAUUAAGUGUGCACAGCCUCAUGGAGGUGGAUCAGACAGGUAGCCAGAACCUGACCUCGGGAACAGUAGAACAGCAGGCAGCAAGUCCCUUCGGCCCUGAUCUGGUUCCCGUGCAACCGAGUUCUGAAGACCCACCCUCAGAAAGAGGGGGCAUACUUGAAAAUGAUGGUAAAGACUUUGUUGCCAAAGAUGGAGAGCAAUUUGAAAAAUUGCACUGUACUAAGAAGCAACGAAUAAUGAGUAAACAUGAGAAUGCAAUUGGUGAACAAAUUGCUUCAAAUAAUACUAUGGCCCCUUCUCAGACAUUCAUUUCCACAGAUAACUUGCUGGACUGCUUGGUGAAUCCACAAGUAACCAAGAUUGUGGCACAACUUUUGAUACAAGGAAGAAGUUUGUGAUUAUAAUAGAAAAUGACUUUUUAAAUACUAUUUUUAAA